UUUCAUUUUCUAUGCAGGAGUACGAUGAAGGUGCACAUUCUAUGAAUCCGUCGAAGCAAAUUCGCGGUCUCUCCUCUUCUCGCAGCAAUUUGACUCUUUCGAUCUGAUUUCCCAUCUACCUCCGCCUUAACUGUGAAACGACUCGAAUUGUCACUGCCUCCCCGCAGCUGGUAUGACAUCGAACGUGAUACCAAUUCCACAUCCCAUGGUAAAGCGUUUGCUGGGGUGGAAAAAAGGAGAAGGUGAAGACAAGUGGAGCGAAAAGGCUGUCAAGAGCUUAGUGAAGAAGUUGCGAAAAAGUGGUAAUCUUGAUGAACUUGAACGAGCAAUAACUACUCAGAAAGCGGACACGAAGUGCAUAACGAUUGCAAGAUCUCUCGACGGCCGCCUUCAAGUUUCACAUCGCAAGGGCUUACCUCACGUAAUAUAUUGCCGCCUGUGGCGGUGGCCGGAUCUUCAGUCACACCACCAAUUGAAAGCCAUUGAGGGCUGUCACUAUGCUUUUCAACUCAAAAGGGAAGAAGUGUGUGUCAAUCCGUAUCAUUACGAACGUGUGGAAGCGCCAGAUUUGCCUGCCAUAUACGUCCCUAUUACACCGAGUGUUACCAGCGGAACUGGUACGGGUGGUGUAGUACAGUCGGAAUUUCCUUCGCCGUCAGCACUGGCGGGAUUCAAUUCACCGCCUGGAAGUGGUACGGGAAGUGGCGGUGGUCAUCGGCCUGGCUUUCAAGACAAAAACGUACUCGACUCUUCCGGUGCGUUUCCUCUCGCGGAAUCUCCACCUCCUGGUUAUAUGUCAGAAGACGCCGACGCUGAAACCGGUGACAGUGCUCAAGGAGAAAUGAGUGAGUUCAUCAGCUCUUCUCAUCUGCUUCCGUAUCAAAACAUAAUUCCGUCUCCGUGCCCAUCGAGUGAGUACCAGCCGGUUACGUACUCGGAGCCGGCAUUCUGGUGCUCGAUCAGCUACUAUGAACUCAACACAAGAGUUGGAGAAACCUUUCAUGCGUCGCAGCCAUCUCUGACAGUUGAUGGAUUUACUGAUCCAAGUAACUCGGAACGCUUCUGUUUGGGUCUGUUGUCGAAUGUAAAUCGUAACGCUGUUGUGGAACAAACCCGGAGGCAUAUAGGCAAAGGCGUAAGGCUGUAUUACAUUGGAGGCGAAGUUUUUGCGGAGUGCUUAUCGGACUCCGCAAUUUUCGUGCAGUCUCCGAACUGUAACCAGCGCUACGGUUGGCAUCCAGCUACCGUCUGCAAGAUACCUCCAGGGUGCAACCUCAAGAUUUUCAAAAAUCAAGAAUUUGCUGAUCUGUUGACACAAAGUGUUAGCCAAGGGUUUGAAGCUGUCUACCAGUUGACGCGUAUGUGCACGAUUCGGAUGAGUUUCGUUAAAGGCUGGGGAGCUGAAUACAGGCGGCAGACGAUAACUUCUACGCCGUGUUGGAUUGAGCUGCAUCUCAAUGGACCUCUGCAAUGGCUUGACAGAGUUUUGAGCCAGAUGGGCUCUCCUCCGGUUCCAUGCUCGUCAAUUUCAUAAGACGAGGACGUUUUUCUUUUCUGGUUUUUCUAAGCCAGGUAUCCUCGUUUUGAUUGAACGGGAUUUGAUCUGAUCGCUGGGCGAAAAGUGCGGGACGAAAAGUCGAGUCAAAGGUAUUCUUCAUCGCGUCUCAUGAAAAAUUUUUUCUUGCUUUCGGCAGCUUUUUUUUCCGUGGUGAAUGAAUUGCCGUCUAGCUUGGCAGUCGAUAUUUGGGGCGUGUAAAGUUUGCUUGAUAUGCCUUGUAAUUCGGUGGCAGUGUGUGAGCGGUUGCUCGAUUUAGCUUUACGAUGGGUACGACGCGGUGAAUGGGUCCCUGUGUUUGGAUGCCGCGUUUUUUUUUUUUUUUCAAAAGCCCAUGAAAAAAUUUAGUUGGUGCUGUCAGCAUCUGAGUCGGAUGUCAUUUUACUUCUUAUCGAACCCGGUGAGCGAUUGAGCUGGAAAAAAUGUCGAAAUGAAUGACCGGGAUUUUUGACUCCUUUCUCAAUGGGGUUUGUAAGAUUUGUACGAUAGAGCGUGAGUUAGUAAGAUACGGUUUUCCUACUUCGUUUUUCCUCCUUUCACUCACUUGAUCCCCGAACUCAUCCUUAUACAUUUCUCAUUAUUCAAUUUGUAAACGAACUAGAGUAACAAGUAAGACAUAAUGAACGUCUCCUACUUGGAAAUCAUAAAGAGGAGAUCGUAUUACCGUAUUUACCUGGAUAUUUGACGCCGCUUCGGUUGCUGGCCCUCUGGCAGAAACUUUUUUUCAGCGAAUCUAUGAGCUAUUUUUACGUGUAACGCAAUGCGCUGGGUACUCUUCAUUUUGGUUGAAGCCAAAAUUCUACCGAUUGUGUUGGACGAUAUACAGUUUAUUCGAAUUAUUGAAUUGUACGAGGAACAACCACGCCUAAGAACUCACUGCAAUUUUUUACCGAAUAAAAUAAAAUUUGACAUGCAGCCCCCCCUCCCGGAUUUUUUCGACUCCAUAUGCAAGUAAUUUUGUCUGCAAAUCCAAGAUGAUAAUUAUAUAGAAGUCUCCUGAUUUUCACGGUGGAAUUAUAAUUGCUUAAAUUGCGCCCUGUCUUCAGGUUAAUACGGUAUUUGCCCCACGCAUGUCAGUUUAUCCUCCAAUCAAACAAUUUUACCGUAUAUGUUAUUCUUGCAUUAAAAAGACUUUUUGGUUUAUUGCCACGCGAAAAUUCUGUUGGCAUUUUCAUAUUUUCUCUCGCAUUGCUAUUUUCUUCUCAUGCGACGAUCCCGUACGGUCAAGAACCCGUUGUACGCUUAUUUUUGUUUAUUUAUGCCAAAUUAUGUUUUUCAAAAACUCGUUGACAUUUUUCAUGAGAAAAGAAACCAAUUUAUUUUUAUCCACGCGAGAACCCGGGGUGUGGCAGCGGAUGAUUUUGAUUGCUUUUAAACGGUUCCUGUUGGUCCACGUACUAUUUGCUUUCAUGUAGCGCAUGUAAUGUGCAAUGCUUACCGAAACUUUCCUUUGAUUUAUGUUGUCACUGCCGCGUUAUUGAGUUCUGAUAUUUUGCGCUAGGCUUCUCAUUUUGUGGAGUUCUUGCUUGCUUCAUUUAUUGGAGUUCGGUUUUCUCUCUAUUUUUCUGUGUGUUUGAAUCGAGAUGUGAUUGUGAACUUUUCUCUUGGUGCCCUUUCGACUUCUGUUUUUAUUUGUGAUUCACUGCCAAAACGUUCUCGGGUUUCUUGCGAUGAUUUGUUGGGCACGUGACCUUGAGGUGUUUCCGCUGCCCCGGACAGGAACGUCGACGGUGCUUUGAGAAUUGAAGGGAAAUCAAGUUGGCGGGACUGAGUAAUCCGUGCGCUGAUCAUUACCUCAUUGAACGAUACCUCAGACGAGUGGAAAAUGAGUUGUUACUCAGGCAGUAUUGAGUUCUUCCCUUUCCCUUUCUCGCUUGGAUUUGCAAUUUCAAUCCCUGAGUCAAACAGUUUCAUCUGAUAGAUGCGCGGUCAACCGACCUCUACUUCGUCGGAUUUCAAGACCCACGUGGAUCUGAAUAAACCUCUAUCACGGUACA